AUGCCGUACAAACGGCGAAAGGUGGUAGGUGUUGGAAAGGGGGGCGUGGCACCUCCCAUACAUACUGCACUUCUCAUACCUCAGAGUAAGAACAAACAAAAAGAGCCAACCACCAACCAAAAAGGUGCGGAAACCCCUCAACGUGAAGAGGCAACGACCGAGGAGGCCACGCAAUGGAAAAAGGUGGAACGAAAAAGGAAACCACGAGCAAAGAUUCCCAGACCUGAUGCGCUAAUAAUAAGUUGCAAAGGAAACUCUUACGCAGAAAUACUAAAAACAGUGAAGAACGAGCCACAACUAAAACAUGUCGGAGAGAACGUAACAAAGGUACGCAAGACAGCCAAUGGGGACCUCCUCCUCCAACUGACAAAGCCCACGGAUCCAAGUACGAUUAAUAUUAAAGAAUCAGUAAAGAGGGCACUCGGCGAAAAGGUAACCGUUAGGUCCUUGACCGCAGAAACUGCGGUAGAAAUCAAAGAGCUUGACGAGGUUACAACUAAACAGGAGCUCUGUAAUGACCUAGAGAAAGAACUGGAUGGCGCCAAACUUCCGGAGGAAUCCAUUAAAUCUUUAAGGAGUGCGUAUAGCGGCACCAAAAUAGCCAAGUUGCUGACUGCGGGAAAAAUCCGCGUAAGAUGGGUUAUUUGCCGUGUACGAUCGAAGGUACAACCGAUGCAGUAUUUCAAAUGCUUAGAAUUCGGUCACUUGGCUAGAAACUGUAAAACGCCACAUGACAUGAAGGGUACCUGCUUCAACUGUGGAGAGCUAGAUCACAAAGCCCGCGAAUGCAAAAAGGAAUGUGCUAGAAGAAACCAGCCAGAAACCAAGCACAGAACUGGUAGCAAAGAAUGUCCCCACUUCGUAGAAGCUUUGCAAAAAUAA